AGUUGCAAGUUGCAAACCCGGAUUGUGAUAUCGCUCAGCAUCACCUUGGCGAGCCACCAUGAACAGAGGUAAACCUCUACUUGUCGCGGCUCUGAAUCACUCCAGGCGGGACGCGAUACAGCGACGAUUCAUCUGGCACAACCCCGCCAGCUGGUUCACAAGUGCUCAAUCCGACAGUGCUACCGAUUCACCGCUUGCGAUUCGUCCGAACACGACCGGUCCAACUGCUCCGCCAUUUGAAGACAGUCACCUAUCCCGAUCAACACCUAUCGCUGCCGCUACCCCUCCUACCCCUACCCCAACUAUAACGCCCACUUUCAACUCGAUCAAUGCAUCUGAAAUCUCCCACUUUUCCCGGUUAUCAUCACAGUGGUGGGACGAAAAGGGCGAAUUCGGACUCUUACACAAGAUGAACCCGGUGCGGAUGGAGUUUGUCAGGAAGAAAGUGAUCAGCGCUCGAGAGGACGAUGAUGGUUGGAGUUUUGCUACGCGCAAGGAGGCUAGAAAGGAUUUCGGUCAAUCAUGGUUAGAGGGCAUGGACGUUCUAGACGUCGGGUGCGGUGGGGGGCUCCUGUCCGAGAGCCUGGCAAGAGUCGGGGGCAAUACUUUGGGUAUAGACGCCUCUGCCUCGAACAUCGCCAUCGCCAGUCUCCACGCCUCCAGAGAUCCCUUCUUGCCAUUUAUCGCCGAUGAAGGUGGCCUCGAGGUAGCCAAUCCACCGGCGAGUGCAGCCUCGAGGCGCGGCACGCUGCGAUAUCGACACACAUCGGCCGAGCAGCUGCACGCCGAGGGCCGCAAGUUUGAUCUCGUCUGUUCCAUGGAGGUCUUGGAGCAUGUCGAUCAGCCCGGGGAAUUCUUGAAAGUUUUAGGUGACAUGGUCAAGCCUGGGGGUCAUCUCGCUCUUUCUACCAUCAAUCGGACACCCCUCUCGCAGCUCUUGACCAUCACCAUGGCAGAGCAUGUACUUCGACUCGUCACUCCCGGUACACAUACGUACGACAAGUUUAUCAAGCCCUCGGAAUUACUGGCCUUCGUACGAGAUCACAUGGGAGGAGAAAGCGUCUGGGAAAGCGACGGCGAUGGGCUCAUUGACGGAGGACGAGAUGGUGGUGGCGUGGGUGUUGGAGAGGUCCGAGGGAUCGUUUAUGAUCCCAUCGCCGGAAAUUGGAAGCUUUGGAAGGACGGUGCACCCGGUGGGACGUUGUGCAACUACAUGUUCCACAUGAGAAAGAGGGCAGAUGCCGUGUAGGACAUGUAGGACGAUUUAAUGGCUCCUUAACGACCUUGACGAAUGAUACGAACGAAUACCACACCUCACAGUCAAGCCGGAUACUACUGUACCUUCUGUGUAUGCUCAAGGUGGUCUCAGUCGCCGUCGAUCGAUUUCUGCAUCC